AUGUAUUGCUUAGCACCUCCUCCAGGCUCUUCAGUCCUGCCUAGAAAAAUGCGGCGCUACAACACGUUUGAGGAAUUCUACCCCUUCUACUUAACACAGCAUCGCCGGCUCGGCACGCGGGUUUUGCACAUCUUCGGCACGUCGCUGGUGCUGUUGAACGCCGGAUGGGCCCUGGUGGCCCGCCAGCCCCGCCUGCUGCUGUUGGCGCCGGUGCUGGGGUACGGACCCGCGUGGCUGUCCCACAUGCUCUGCGAGUGCAACCGGCCGGCGACAUUUCAGUACCCGCUGUGGUCUCUAAUGGCGGACUUCAAGAUGUUUGUGGACAUUCUGAGGGGAAGAGAGCGGCUGUCAGCAUAA